AUGGCUCGCGCAAUUGGUAUUGAUUUAGGAACUACAUACUCAUGUGUUGGUAUUUUCGAAAAUGGUAAAGUUGAAAUUAUCGCCAAUGAUCAAGGCAAUCGAACAACGCCAUCGUAUGUAGGAUUCACCGAUAGUGAACGUUUAAUCGGUGAUGCAGCUAAGAAUCAAGUAGCAAUGAACCCGACCAACACAGUUUUCGAUGCGAAACGAUUGAUUGGUCGUAAAUACGAUGAUCCAACUGUACAGUCAGAUAUGAAACAUUGGCCGUUCACAGUUAUCAACGAUGGCGGUAAACCAAAAAUUCAAGUCGAAUAUCGUAGUGAAACAAAAUCCUUUACGCCAGAAGAAAUCUCUUCGAUGGUUUUGACAAAAAUGAAAGAAACAGCUGAAGCUUAUCUUGGCAGAACAGUUUCCCAAGCUGUUAUCACCGUACCAGCGUACUUCAACGACGCACAACGACAAGCGACUCGAGAUGCAGGUAUCAUUGCUGGUCUUAACGUCCUUCGAAUUAUUAAUGAACCAACUGCAGCCGCCAUUGCUUAUGGCUUAGAUAAACAAGUGACCGGUGAAAAAAAUGUUCUCAUUUUCGAUUUGGGUGGUGGUACAUUCGAUGUAUCAGUACUAGUCAUGGAUAAUGGUGUAUUCGAAGUGAAAUCGACCGCUGGUGAUACUCAUUUAGGCGGUGAAGAUUUUGACAAUCGUAUGGUGACGCACUUUGUCGAAGAAUUCAAACGAAAAAACCAUAAGGAUAUUUCACAAAAUAAACGAGCACUACGACGAUUACGAACAGCAUGCGAAAGAGCUAAACGAACAUUAUCAGCAAGCGCCCAAACGACAAUCGAAAUCGAUUCUCUCCAUGAAGGUAUCGAUUUUAAUGCAACCAUUACACGUGCUCGAUUCGAAGAACUAUGUGCUGAUCUUUUCCGUUCAACAUUGGAUCCAGUAGGAAAAGCUCUACGUGAUGCAAAACUCGACAAAUCGCAAAUUCAUGAAAUCGUUCUUGUCGGAGGCUCAACACGUAUUCCUCGAGUCCAAAAACUACUUCAGGACUUCUUCAAUGGCAAAACUCUGAACAGAUCGAUCAAUCCCGAUGAAGCUGUUGCUUACGGUGCAGCAGUUCAAGCCGCUGUUCUCACCGGUGAUCAAUCCAAAGCAGUCAAAUCUGUUCUUCUCAUCGAUAUCAUUCCAUUAUCGAUGGGCAUUGAAACAGCUGGUGGUGUCAUGACCACAUUAAUUGCACGAAAUUCCAGUAUUCCAACAAGGCAAACGCAGACAUUUACGACCUAUGCAGAUAAUCAGCCUGGUGUUGAUAUAAAAGUCUUCGAAGGUGAACGUGCCAUGACAAAAGAUAAUCAUUUACUGGGCAGUUUUACACUCACUGGAAUUCCUCCGGCACCACGUGGUGUACCGAAGAUUGAAGUUUGUUUUGAUAUCGAUGCAAAUGGUAUAUUGAACGUAUCGGCGGUAGAGAAAUCCGGUGGUCAAGAAAAGAAUAUCACCAUUCGAAAUGAUGGUAGUCGAUUAUCCAAAGAUGAAAUCGACCGCAUGGUUUCCGAUGCCGAAACAUACAAGCAAGAAGAUAGAAUUCAGCGUGAACGAAUUACUGCUAAAGGUGCAUUGGAAGAUUACUGUUUUCGAAUGAAAUCAUCUAUUGACGAUGAACAGAUUUCGUCGAAACUUUCGUCCGACGACAAGAGGAAAAUUAGUGAAAUUGUGAAAUCAACAUUAACAUGGGCUGAAUCAAAUCAACUCGCUGACAAAGACGAGUUCGAGCAUAAACGACAAGAAGUCGAACGUAUUUGCUCACCCAUUAUGGCCAAACUUCAUGGCGGUAAUGGAAAUGAAAGUACAAGCCGUGGUCCGACGAUCGAAGAAAUGGAUUAA